GUCAUAACACAAACUCCACUAUAAUCUAUCUAUAUUUCCAAAGCCCCCUCAAUAUUUAACCAAUUCUGUGUCCUAAUUUCCUGAUCCUGCUAUACACAUACAUUUACUGUCCAUUAUUAUUAGUAUUAUUAUAGUUAUGAAUCCUCAAGGUUCUAAAUUCCAACAACCGUACAACCAGCCACCAGCCACCGGUUUCCCGGUGAAUGUCGGCCACCAGCCUAAUGCCAACCAGGAAUGGUCCACGGGUCUAUUUGACUGCUUCUCCGACUGCAAAACUUGUUGCAUAACGUACUGGUGUCCAUGCAUCACCUUUGGACGAAUUGCCGAGAUUGUUGACAAGGGAUCAACUUCUUGUGCUGUAAGUGGGGCUCUAUAUACAUUAAUUUGUUGUGUGACGGGUUGUGGUUGUUUAUACUCAUGCAUCUACCGUAACAAAAUGAGACAACAAUACAUGCUCAAAGACACUCCUUGUUGUGAUUGCUUAGUUCAUUGCUGUUGUGAAUCAUGUGCAUUGUGUCAAGAAUAUCGUGAGCUUGAAAACCGUGGAUUUGACAUGGAACUUGGGUGGCAUGGAAAUGUGGCACAAGGGAAUCAGGGAGUAGCCAUGGCACCAACAGCUCCAGCAGUUGAACACAUGACUCGUUGAAGUCAGGACAGGAGAAUCCAUGUACCUAUGUAACUCAUGCGACUUAAGAUUCUUUUAUUGUGUUGGAAUCAUUGUGAUCAUUUGAAUAAUUUUUUUUUAGCUUUUUUUUCUUUUGUUUGUGUACUUGUAUUUAGCUAUGUAUUGGAUAUUCAAUUAGGAUUUUUUAUAGCUCUCAUUUAAAAUU